AUGGAGCAGCCUACGCUAACCGCUUUUGUUGCUUUUGUCGCUUUCGUUGCUCUCGUCGCCUCCGCAGCUCCCGUCGCUUCCGUCGUACUUAUUAUCGUCGCUUUCUUUACGCUAAUCGUUGCGCUUGCCGCUCUCGCGGCGGCGCCCGCCGUUGCUAUAACUCUUGCGGAGCGCCGGGCUAAGUAUAUGCGUGCUAUUAAAGCUUUUCGAUUGACGCGCGAGCGUCUUAUAAAUUUAAGAGCUUAA